AUGGCGGAAGAUAUCGCAGCGCUCACCAUCGACCAAUGCAGGGGCCGCCAGAAGGUACUCCGUCAGAAGAUAACCGGAUGCAGCACCCGUAUCCGGAAGGUUAUAACCAACAAGCUUUCAUGCCGUGAAGCCACCCGCCUCCUGGAUGACGCUCGCACUCUCCUUGGUGAUUCCGGCCCGAUCAAUGACCGUUUAUUGGAGCUGUUGGAGGAGGCUGAGGGGGAGCAACAACAAGAAUCAUUCCUGCGUUACGGAGGAGAUGUUGACGCAGUGGCGGACGAGGUGGCUGCGUACCUCUCUAGCCGAGAAGGGGAUAUAUCUUCCGUCCCUGGAUGGGAUCCUGCAGAUCCGGAGACCGGUAAGGCGCCUGGAGAGAAGCUGGCGAUUUUGAAGAGGAACGUACGGGGAGAGACGGCCGAUUUAGUUUACGGAUUAGGUGGAGGUGCGCUGGCCUACAAGGAAUCCCUCCGACGUUUGAAGGGGACAUGUGGCAGCCGUGCAGUUAUCCGUGCAGCACACCUACAGGCCCUGGAUCGAGUCGAGCCACCGACACCCGCUACAUUCCGUAGAUUUGCUGAAAAGGUGAGGACUCACCUCUUCAAUCUCACCUGGAUCGGUGAGACCAGCCAUGCUGAUUUGAUCGAGCGACUCACACAGAAACUUCAGCCCCACGAUCGGUUACACUGGAAUGACGGCCAGCGUGGAGGAUUGGAGCGUCGCACCAUGAGCGAGUUUGGCCUCUGGUUAUGUACGCGAGCGGCUGCGUACCAGAAUGCCUAUUCCAUUGCCGCCGAGCAGCACCAGAGGAGCAACAAUCCAGCGCGGCCACCCCAGGCGGUAAACAACCCGUAUCAUCAGAAGAGACAUUCACGGGCCCACCAGGCCUCCACCAAUCACAGGGCCGGACCGGCUCGAGGGGCUCCUGCCCCUACCCCUCGUGAAGGAACGACACCAGCACCCAAAACUCCGUAUUGUUUUAAAUGUGAGGGUGAGCAUCGGUUGGCUGAUUGCCAAUUCUUCAAGAAUAUGCCCGUAGCUGGACGAAUGACGUUCCUAAUGGUGCGCGGCCUGUGCUACUGUUGCUUCGGUGUGCGAAAUGGAGCUAGCAACUGUAGCUUCAAGAAAGAAUGUGGCAAGGAUGGAUGUAAGGCGUUCCACCACCCUCUGAUCCACACUGACCGGGGACUUCCGGAGAGAACGGGCACCUCACAUUUUGCCAGAGCAAUGUCCGGUACCAUCGCCUUUGGGGUGAUCCGCCUCGACGCCAUGAAUGCUGACGGGGAGCUGGUGCCCAUUAAUGUCAUGUUGGACGCCAGGAGCAACACAACUUUCAUCCGCGAGGGAUUGGUUCGUUCGCUCCGGAUUUCGGGCGAGCGACAGACACUUCGAGUCCAGGGAGUAGCUGACGCGGCCUCAACGCACCCGAAUUCAGAGGAAUUGUUUCUUCAGCUGAUGACGGCCUUCGGUGACAUAGUGACCCUUAAGGGCUCGACCCUGAAGACCGUGACACAGCCAGUUCCCGUGUACAAUUGGGAGCAGCAUCGCCACCGUUGGACCCACCUUAACGACCUGCCGCCGCUACGCAGCUCUGGCGGAAGAAUCGACGUCCUGAUUGGUUUAAACCAUACAACUCUUAUCACACCGACAGAUUAUCGACUCGGAGCCGACGACGAGCCAGCGGCUAUCAAGACAAGGCUAGGAUGGACAAUCCUUGGUGUUUUGGGAUCAGGAUCGACGACGGAGGCCCUCUGCCACCGUGCCUUUGCCUCUCCAGAUGUACACAUCACAGCGGAGUUGGUGGAACAACUACGACGGUUCUGCGACACCGAAUCAUUCGGCACCGAGUACCAGGGCGCGGGAAUGUCCACAGACGAUCGACGGGCAGUCGAAAAGUUGGAUGCUGAAACCAAGAAGCUGGAUGUGGGUUACCAGGCCCCAAUUCUCUGGAAGGAUGAAGAGCCUCCAUUGUUGCCCGACAAACGGAGUGUAGCUGAUUCUCGGCUUCGUCCGCUUCUGAACAAAUUUGCAAGAGAUCCAGCCUAUGAGACACACUAUCGAGAGUCGAUGGCGAAGAAUUUUGCGGAAGGUUACGCAAGGCGGCUGUCUGCCACAGAGGUCGAGGAGCGGCCAACUCGAUAUUGGCUACCCCAUUUUGCAGUGCCCAAGGUUGCUGGGCGCCCUGAGCUGCGGUUGGUUUUCGACGCAGCUGCUAAGUACCGAGGGAGGAGCCUUAACGGCUACGUCACACCGGGCCCAGCACUUCAAAAUCCGCUCCCAGCUGUCAUUCUACACUUCCGGGAGGGAGAGGUGGCGUGGUCGGCAGACAUAGGUGCCAAGUUCAGCCGCAUUCGGCUGGACGACAUGGAUCGUCGCUAUCUUCGAUUCCUGUGGCCGGAAGGAGAUGGAACGGUGACAACGUGUGAGAUGACACGGGUAACAUUCGGUGUGUCAUGUUCGCCCUAUACGGCUAUCCGGACGACCUGGAGAGCAGCAGACGACGCAGCCGUGGACCAAGGUGAGGCGGCCGCCGCCAUCCGGAAAUACCUGUACGUUGACGAUUACCUGGAUUCCAGCAAGACCACUGACGAGGCGCUGCGCCGGGCGACAGCAGUCAACAAGGCUUUGAGCAGUGGUGACUUCCACCUGACCCAUUGGGUGACCAACGAUGCACGCCUGAUGGAGCAGCUCUCUCUUCCAGAUCCAAAGGAAAGUAGUGUCAACACAGUGAACCUCGGCGCUGACGAUGCCGAGAUGGUCCUUGGCAUCACCUGGAGGCCUGCCACUGAUGUUUUAGGUUUUCGUGUCCGGUGGCUGGAUUAUUUGAUCCCCUCGGCGCCGCUGCCCCAAUGA